ACUAUGAGCGGCAGUCAAUCACUAGCUGUUGUUCAUUUCCAUCUCCUCUAUUCCAUCCACUACCACAAGAGAAGGGCAAAGGCCGCGUCCCCACCAUCUCGACCACACAACACAACAUACACACCCAGCACGCCCCAUCCCUCCUCCCUCCCUCCCUCCUUUCUCUUCACGUCACCACACUCUUUCCAGGACCACGACAGAAACACGCAUCACCCUCCCUCCGCUGCGCUCGCAAACCCGCACACGAUCACAUAGAGACACACGCUAUCAGUUCUCGACGGGGCAACACAUACAAGCCUCUUGUUCGCCGCUCUCGCCACGUCGCCUUCGGAACAGACGCAGCCACAUACGUCCCUAGACCACACGGCCGGCGUACCAUCUGUAUCGGUGUGUCCGCAACCUGAACAACAGGAAGGAGCCAGGAUGCCUCGUCGUUCGAAGCACAUCAAGCGCCCCAUGAACGCAUUCAUGCUGUGGGCGAAGGACAACCGGGCCAUGUUCAUCGAACGCCACCCAGAGCUGCACAAUGCGGACAUCAGCCGGUUGCUCGGCGGUGCCUGGACCACGCGGGUCACGGACGAAACAAAGCGGUACUAUGCCGAGAAGGCAAAGCAAGUUGCCGAGGAACAUCGUCGCAAGUACCCCGACUACAAGUACCAGCCGCAGCGCAAGGGCGAGUCCAAGCAGAAGACGGCGGGCGAGGUACUGCGCAACGCCGACAAGUACGCGGAGUAUGGCGUCACCGUGGGCAUGGACCCCAUCCCCAAGACCGAGGAGGAGUACGACAGCGGCCUCUCGUCGUGUGAACCUUCUCCAAAGCAGUGCAAGACACGCGCGAAGAACAAGACCAAGACCAAGGCAAAGCCCAGCACGUCCAAGGUGGGACGCCGCGCGCAGAAGCCCCAGCGCGCACGUCGCCGCGUCUGCUUCGCCGACACGACAACGUCCGACCAGGACGAGGAAGAGCUGGAGGAGCAGCAGGCAGUGGAGGAGGUGAAAAGCAUUGCGGCCGGCCGCCACCUGCCUGUGCGCCGCGUGCAGACCCGUCGCUCCACCGCCUGCGUGCCGGAGCCGGGCGACUGGGGCAUGCCGCUUGACGGCGACUUCUUGAUGGACUCCAAAGACAGCAUGAGCAGCAUGGAGGGCGAGGACGCCGGCCUGACGCUUGCCAAGAACACCAGGGGCAAGCAGGGGGUAGCAACGCAUUCACGCCACCACCCUGCCCACGAAGCAUGUCUGCGAUUCGACCUGCGAGUGCGCACCCGCAGCCUGAAGGGGCUGGAAGCGCUUCUUGGCAGUGACGACGACAUUGAUGUGGGUGAUGAUGAAGACGAUGACGACUACGAUCCUCACAAGGACAUUAUCGGGGCAUACUUCCCUUAAGCUCUCGACCUCCUUCCUUCCUUCUGUAUUUCUUGAACUCGGCUUGCUGUUCUCUUGUUUCCCUUCAGUCUUCUCGGUUGUCUCGCCUGUGUGUGUGUGUGUGUGUGUGUGUGUGUGUGUGUGUGUGUGUGUGUGUGUGUGUGUGUGUGCGUACUCAGGCAAGCCCCCUCGUCAGUUUCAAGGUUGCUUGUGUUGGUUUGUUGGUGCUACGAUGGCUUCUCGAAUCAGAGAAGCCGGUGUUCAGGCGUUUCUGUCCUGCUUUCCCUCGUCCUGCUUAACCAUAAGCCCAACUUUCGUCUUGUUGAUCUGUACUGCUUUUCCAAUGCGACCUGAAUGCACACACGCGAACUUUAUUCUGGCACUCUCAUGCUUUCUCUGCUCCCCACAGUAAAUGAAAACGAUUGGCCACAA